UUGACACGCUUGCGCCGUGAAAUGACGCUCCUUUUGCGAUUUGUAAUGUAAACUUGUAAACAUUUCCAUAAAAUCUAAGAAAUUGCUACUCAAUUAUUCACAGUAUGUGUUUUUAUCUACAAGUUAUUGGUUGUGGAGUGCAAUUCUAAAGAGUGCGAUCGUGAAAAUCAUUUCUUUUAGUGUGUAAAACUACCCUACCGGUACAACAAAAUGUCGGGGAAAGCAUAUACUAUGAAGGAAAUGAAAACUAUAGUAGAAUAUUUGGCAGAACGCAGAGCUUUUGCCGAAAUAAAGGGUAGGAAGAUGUGGAUGGAUUUUGCUAACUCAAAGUUGACGAACCGAACGUGGCAAAGCCUCAAAGAGACUUUUCUAAAGAGAAUUCUUCCUGACAUUCACAACCCAUACUACAAACUGACUGUAGAUCAGAUCCGAUGCUUCAAAGAAGGGUAUGAUGUCAUAGCAAGAGAGAAAAGUAAUUUGGAACAUCUUCAAUUAGAGGACGCCUGGCCAACCAAGGCUGAAAAGGAAACGGAUACAGAAACUGAAAAACCAGGCACUAGUAAAGAUAACAACGGGGACGCAACAGGAGGUGAGGACACACAAUCUGCAAAAAUCCAAUCACACGACAGAGCAUCCGUCGACACCGUGAUUAUAGCCAACUGUUACGAAACCGACGACGAAUUGCGAAGGGUUUUAGAGUCAGACCUAUCGCCAAAGCCUAAUAAAAACCAAAACCGAGCAGUCAAUCCUCCAACUAAGUCAAUGCGAGAUUUAAUAACCUAUUCGGAGCCAUUAACGCCAAUGCUUCAAGAAGUUUUGAACGAUUUUGCAUCUGAAGACGAUUCGGACAGUGAACUUAGAAUGCACAUAGUCGAGCAUGAAGAACCAAUAAACAAUGUCAUUGAAAUUGAAGACUCAGAUGACAUAGGUGAUAAAGACAAAAAUGCAGCUAACAAGUCAAAAGCGGACAAACCGACAGAAGACAAGAUAAAGGAAGAACCAACUGCAGAAGAUAAGUCAAAAAGGGAUACAACCACAAAAGAUAAAGCUAAUGAAGACAAUUCAAGCAUUAUUCAAGCUAAUAAAGAUAUAGAGGCAGACACAAAUGACGCGAAUGAGGUAAUAGAACAAGAAGUUUCUUCAGAAAGUAACAUAGAUAAAAACAAAACUGCAGAAAAAAAUAUCGAGACAGACAAAUCCGUAGGUGAUUCCUUAGACAAGGAUAAAACUAAUGAAAAAUCUGUUCAAAGUGAGUCUGAAAUAAGAAAAUCAGAUGAAUUUGUACAACCUAAAGUGUCAUCAUUGAAACUAAAAAAGCGAAAAAGUGUUACUGGUAACCCAGAUAAUAAAACUGACAAAACUGAUAAAGAUAUGUAUGAAAUAGUUGAACAAGACAUUCCAGAGAAAUCUAACGUCGAUACAUUGUCAAAUUAUGCUAAAAACAAAGAUGAAGUAGUGUCUUCCACUGUGUCUCAGAAGAACACUCAAAAUUCUUCAAACAGUGACACAAUUCUGCCAAAUAAUCAGGAAGCUCUAAAUAAUCCAGACAAAAGUGCAACCACUGUCGAUCAUACCCAAAAUGAUAACUCCAAAUCCUCUAAUAUUACUGAAGAGGCAGUGAAACUUAAAAAAAAUACGAGGAAGCGAGCCACUUCCCAAGACGUGGCAGCCACAUCAAAAACUAAAAAAGCUAAGACAAACGCUAAUGGUAAACAGAAAGCUGUAUCCGACACUGAUGAUGUUGUGAUGAAAAAGCUAAUUAAAUCUAAACUAGCAAAAACUAAACUAGAGCUCAAGAAGAAGAAUGUCAUUGAUGAAGUUGAGGAGCAAAUUGAAAAAGAGAAUGAAGUUAAUGGCAAUAGCAAAACUGAUGGCAAUGUUAUUGCAAAAGAAACUGCGUCUGAAGAAAUGCCAUCUACCAGUAAAGCUGUCAUAAGUUCGCAAGACGCGUCAGAACUGAACCUUUGUUUGAAGAGCGUCAGCUUAUAUGAUGAAGAGUUCAAUAAAGUCAGUUACAUCGAGUCUGAAACGAACGAGCAUGAAACUUCACCGGCUGAAAUGGCUGAAAAUAAAGCCUCUACAUCUGCUCAAAAUAAAGAUAACGCAAAGAAAUCUGCUACAGUAAAUGGCGGCGAAAAGGUGGUUCCUAAAACGACCACAGAAGCGAAAGAAGAUGCAUCUAAGAAAAAAGGCUCUAUCGCUAGAAGUAUCGACGAAGUAGUAAUGCUCAAGUCACAUUCGGAAUCUGAUGACGAGUUCAUAGACCCGUCUCCAAAUGUCAAAGUCCCGGUUAGUCGAGCUGAGAAAAAAGCGCAAAAAGACAGCGCUUUGGAUAAUGUAUUUGGACUCCAAAGUGGUGGUACGAAGCGUAAGAAGCGAAUAAGUUACCGGAGGAACUCAAAACAUCAACGCCAUCACCAAGAGUCAAGUGACUCCAGCGAGUGGACUUCAGAGAGCGACAGCGAAUCCUACGUGUCGCCGCCCCGAGGACGGAAGAACAGGCAGACUAGGAAGUAUUUAAAGCCACGCUCUGCUCGAAUACACUCCUUGGAGGACGACGGAGGCCUGUUCGUAAUGUACGGCAAGAAAAUAUACCCUCUAGUCAAAGAUGGAAACAUCAUCAAAAAUUAUCUCACGUAUUUACCAGAAAGCGAUCCCGAAGAAGAAGAGUCAUACUGGAAAUUAAAAUAUGUGGAAGAAAGGAAACGUGUUGCUGAAUUGAAAAAAUUGAUAAAUGAAAAGAAAGAAGUUGUCAGGGAAAAAUCUCCCAUUUUGCCUGCAAGGCCUCGCAAUCUGUCGACACUUCAAGUUCAAUCGCCACUUAAAAAGCCGUCAAAUAUAGACAGCAACAUAGAAAUGGCGCGCGCUCCGCAAAAAGAAACCAAAGAGACUCCGAGUGAUACGGGGAAAAUUCUCAAGAUUAAAUUCGCUAAAGACAACCAUGAGGUUCUCGUCGAAGGUCACUGGUCUCAAAUCCAUCCGAUGCUAGCGGACGUGGUGCAGAUAUUCAACAAGGAAUCCGAUGCCCCGUCCACCACAACCAGAUCGACGACGCCCCAGAGGCCGGCAACGCCCCAAAGGCCCGCAACGCCCCAGAGACCCGCAACGCCGCAGAGAGUGGCUACGCCCCACAUAUUGUCGCCGCGUAAACCGCACGCGACAUAUAGGCCGGCCUCGGGUAAGAAAACAGCGAUGGUCCGCAAAACGACGUCUCAAGCGAUGGAGACCGUGUCUCUAUCGAGCGAAGCGCCCACCCCAGACGAAGGUAUUCCCAGGAUAGAGACCCUAGAAAAGGUGAAUAAACUAGAGACGGAAAUAUUCAAAGAGAUAGAAAAGAUAGAUAAAGAGGAAGAUGUGGAACAACCAAAAGAGCAGCCACAAAAUAAUGUCACCACUAGGAAAAGAGCGAGCAGGACUCGCAAAUCUUCAUCCACUCGGACUUCAGCGUCUCUCUCUCCCAGCUCGACUCGAAGCCCUAAACGUCAGAAAACCUCAUCUGACGCACCCCAGGAGACCGAAGCUCCACCCAAGAAAGCUAAGAACAAAAGCAGUUCCAAAACGGAGCUCAAGGGAUCCAAACAGUCUGAUGCAAAAGAAACAGUUGAAGCUGUUGACAGCACGACUAGUGUUACGGCAAAAAAGGAGUCACCAAAGAAAACUGGCACAGUUGCUGUGCACACAGAGUAUAACACCAGAUCCAACAGCAGGAAGUCCAAAGCGCCAUCAGUGGAGACACGGGCCAGCAGUUCUCAUGACACCUCCCGUGAGCCUCGCUACAUGUUCCCGGCAACCACACGCUCUAGGAAAUCGCACAACCACAGCAAAUCUCAAGACAAGAACAAACGCUUGGCUAACCUACCCGAGACAUUCUGCUUGCCAAUCAUAAACGACGAAAGCACUCAAGGCUACCAAGACUCGGACAUUAGUCCUCCAAAAGCAAACCAUAGACGAAAAAGAAAGUUAAGUCUCUCCACAGUUCUGUACAGAAGCAAAAACAAAAUGCAUCGCGUUAAAAGAAAAUCUUACCCAUGUAUAACAGAAGAGGGAUCUAGCGACACAAGUAGCGCUUUUCAGAUCAUAGUACGACCUGCAAGUAACAGCAGCCUUAAAUCGGAAGCAUAUAAGACAGAUUCCUACCAAUUGUUAUUUCCACAAAGCAAAAAUGUAUUUAGACCGCUUGAGAAAAUUGAUGAAAAUACUCCUGCUCCAAAUAAUAGUUUGCAUCCGAACAGACACCCUGCUCUAGAUGGAAGACAGCUAGAAGUACGUAUAAAGAGAUUGAGCGACGAAUUCCUUACUUGUUAUUCAAACGUGAACACAGAUGGUAAUUCUAGCAAUGUAUCUCUGCCUAUGUCUCCAGAGUUAUCGAUUGUAGAAAACUUGUCUGUCAGCAAAGAAUUGGUGAACAGUAUCGAGAAUUAUCCCACCAUAAAUGAGAUGCAGGCAAACAGUACGAGCGAUAAGGUGGUUCAUAAUAAAUAUUUAAUGUCUGAAAUCGAUGUCAGCAUGCCUCUCAUGCAACAAGAGUGUGGACUUCAUGAAAGUAUCGAGAGGAAAAGAAAAGAGUCCGGUCAUGAUCACACAAAAAUGUCUUUGGUAUCGGACUCAUUGCUAAAUAAAAUCGACACCGUAAAUAUUGAAGAUGCUCCUUCUCUAUCGGAAUCGCUAGAUGCCAGGCUUAGGAAUUUGUUACUGGAAAGUGCUAGGAAAAUGUCCAUAUCUUCUAUAAAAGAAGAAGAUCGUAACGUAGAGACAGCUGGUGCUAAAGAGGUGCAGAAGAAAGAGAAGUCAAAAAAGCGAUGUUCAACGCCUCGAAAAAAGAGGGAACCUAAAAAGCCAAAGGUGCCGACUGUAGAUCCAGUUGUGGAGGAAGAAAUAACGGAGACCUGUUCAUACGGUGGCAGAAAGUCUUGCCCGCCUGUCAUCCAGAUUAUAAGCGAUAGCGCUACGCAUAAGGAAAAUACGAUUGUCAAUACUGAUAAGGAUAAAGUAGUCGCCGAAAAUAGCAAAGGAAGGAGAAAGAAAGACGUCAUAAAAGUUAAAAUAUUGAGACCAAGGAACAAAAGUCGGUCUAGAAGUCCAGAGCCUACACAGAAUAUUAGCAAAACUACUCUACACACAGAUAGUGGUAUUCAUGAAUCUGGUUUAACGGUUCAGGGUUUGAACGAUAGCAUUGACCUGAUACAUAACCACUCGGAGACGUGUCUCCUGGCCAACGAAUGUAUGGGCGAUAGCGUAGAGUUUAUUGAAACGAACACAAAGUCAAUCAUAUCGUUGAACUCUGAUUCAGCAACAUCAUCUGAUAAAGUUUCUCUCAAGAAUCGUCUAGUGUUCCAAGACUGUCAAGAUUUCGUACCGGAUCUAUUCUGUGAGAAUGCUCAAAGCUUCUGUCGCAUUGACUAUGUUUCAGAUUCAGCCAAACAUAAAGAUAAUGCAAGCGACACAGUGUACCACAGUCCCGUGGUGAGCGAGCUCUCUAUCAAUAGCCUCAUUACCGAAGAUCUUUCCGACGAAACGCCCCAGAGCUCGCAACCUUCGAAGUGGUAUCUCCUCAGUGAAGACGAAACUACCAAUACCAACCUCAGCCCUGCACAAAGCGUGGGUGCCAAUUUAAAACAAAUAUUCCCCGUUACUUGCGCAGUACCAGACCUAUCGACUAUCACAGAAAAUUCGAAUGAUAUUAGCAGAAAACGUACCACGGACAGCGCCAAUAGCACUCGAUUAGAUUUUAAUUCUCCAAAUGUAUUUGAUAUGAAUUAUUGCUAAGUUAUUUAAUGAAAUGAUUGUAAUGUAGCGCUGAGCGCAGCUAGAAUAAUUGAAUAAUAGUAAUUGAUUGAUAAUAUUGUAAUGUUUAUGCAAAUAGUAAUAUAAUUCAUGAUUCCAAUUAUUCCGUGUCUAAUUCUAUAGCUAGUAGGGAUAGGACUUCAGCACAGGGUGUUAAAUAAAAACAACAUGUUAUUUGAACAUAAAAAUUAGAAUAUAAUCAUUUUCAGUAAUUAUUUAAAAUUAUACACUUAAAGUACAUUUAUAGUAAAUUCAAUAAAAAAUACCAGUGCAGACGAGAUACAAAAAGAGAAAAUAUUGUUGUUUUAAUUACAUCGUUGGUUAAAUACAUCGCUUUCAGUAAAUGCAAUACAAAAAAAAUCGGAACUAAAAGAAAUCAAAGUUAAGAUGUCACUCGAUAUAGAAAAAUAAAGAUAAGAUUGAAUCACAUUCAAAAAUUACCCACUAGUGACUAAAAAUUUUACUUUCUUAAACGUUUGUUCAAAUAGACGGGACCGCUCGGCGUGCCCGCGCCGCGACCGGCGCCAGACCAGUAGUGCGGCCGCGACCGGCGCCGGACCGGUACAAUGCGGCCGCAACCGAUCCGGCCGGUACAGUGCGGCCGGCCGGUCACGGGUCCGGCGCCGGUCGCGCGCGGCGCUGCAGGCCGAGCGGGGCCACGCACGCGCUAGAAAUAAAUGUUUACAUGUCAUCAAUUCUAAAUAAGAUAUUUUUCAACAUUGUACUCUGAUCAGUACGAAUACGACUAUAUUAGACGCCGGGGCCGCGCCGGCGAAGCGUGCGCUGCGCCUCCGCCCUUACACGAAUCUCAGACAUAAUUUAGUUAUCAAAGAACAUACAGUAUAAAUAGUGAGGUUAGUAUUAACUUUGGCAAAUAUGAAUGAAGCAUGGUGAUAUUGUUUUAGAUCGACAACGUUGUGACAAAGACUCUGCGUUUAUGACCGAACGCCGCUCAACUUUCUCGUACGUCGCAUCGGGUGGUCCUCGAAUCUUCGCUCGUCGUCGUGUGAUGUCUAUCGACCCGAUCAUUAAACGCUAAUCCCUUAAAAAACUGCAUAACUUCCCCCGUCGUGGAUCUAAUAAAGCGCGAGAACAUUUGAGCCGCAACAAUUCAGUCUUCGAAUAAGAAGCCCACGCACAUCGCAGUAUUCGCAGUGGCGAGAGUCGCUUGAGCGAGAGACGUCGCCGCGGGUGUGCGUCGGCGCCGAACUGUGCGCUCCCAUCGCUGUCUCAACCUUAUAAACUAAACGUGAUCCGAGCGAAUAAACAAUGCGGCAGUGUACAAAAUUUACAUCACAUUCACUCGAAAUAUUAAAGCAUACAAGUUAAACGUUCAGCGGCGGAGGAACACAUUGAAAUGCGAUACUGACGACUUUAACUUAUAUCCACUACAUCGGCCGGCGGGCGGGUGCGGGCCGCGACGCUCGGUGCGGGUAGGGUUGCCAGGUCCAAAAACACAUAAGCCGGACAGCAGGCAGUCUAAUAAAAAGUCUAUGUCCGGCUUUAUCCGGACGCCUGGCAACCCUAGGUGCGGGCCGUCCCGCGCUACAAGUGGUCGCGGCCCGUCGCAUUCAAGAUGGCGCCUCCCGGGCCCGCACGCGCGUCACCGGCCGCAAGACUCCAACCUCGCCGCGGACGGGAGGGCCCGCCGGCGAGAACUUUCGAAUGAUUAAAUCCGCAUCCACCAUCACUCACUCUUUAAAAUGUAGUGUGAAGCUUACUUAAAUGUAGGUUUUUCGGGUUGAAUGUAGAACUGCGCUAAUAUUAUUUUUAUUAGUUUUACGUACACAUAUUGUUACAUAACAGUAAAAAACCUACCUAGCAACAAGCGAGCUCGGUGCUGCCACCGAGUCGCUCGACACUGCGGCGCUCGUGACUCGCUCGACACUGUGCGUGACUCGCUCGACACUGUGCGUCGCUGCUGGGCCGCGCGGUCGGGCCGGGUUGCCCCGCGGGCGCGCGGUCACAGUGUAGGCGUUACAUUUUCAUUUAAUCACUUUAUACAUACUCAUAAACACAAAAUGAAAAUAAAUCACCUAACUAUGACGAUAGUAAAGGUUACUGUCUAAUUGCAUUAUUAAUUAAUGUUUAUUGAUACAGUUACUGUCCUAAUGCUUAAAAGUAAGAUUUUACUUUAUUAUUAAUAAUAAAUUAUGUUAUAUAGUAUAUAUGUAUAGUGUUGAUUACGCCGAUUCGCGAGUGUAUACAAAGUUUAUAUACUCACAUAACUUACACGUGACGCGUCUCCUGCUCGGCAAAUAAAUAUUCGCAUCCCCCUCUACCUACAGACUGCGCGUAUGAAGAUUAUCAUGAUCGUAAACAUUGGUUAAUCACUUAAAUACGAAAUUAAACAUGAUAAAUUUACAUAUACCACUUCUAAUACGAACGUAUGCUAGAUAAAAUAAAUACCUAACAUGAUUUUUUAUAUUCGAAUACAAGAAUAGAUCUUAUAUGGCUACACCUUAAGGAUAACUGUAAAGUGAUAUAGAAAAAAUAUGAACACAAAAAAUAUUUAAGAUUGUAUAAUAUGGCAUAAUAAAUCAACGCUCUCAUAGGAUAAACAAUUUGUGCGUAGUAUGCUUAAACUAAACAGUAACACAUCACUCGAGGAUGCAACAGAACUAGCUCAAACGAUUCGAGGCGUGUAAAAUAAAUGCUACCACAGCGGUCACAGUUGUGCAUCAAAAGUUUAUAAAAAAAUAAUUUCUCAUCGCGAUAUAAUACUUAAUAAUGGAAUGACGUCUUGUAUCAGUUAAAGUAGGCCUGUGAACGUGUUCAUGCUCUCACUACCGUGUUUCAGUACUAAAUAUUGGUUCCUUUCUGUUUUGGUCCGUAAGAGAGUGAGUAUAUAAGCGCGGUGUUCCCGAGCCCGCCCCAGCGCCGCGCAAGCGACCAAGUGCUCUAUUCACAUAGCGAUAAGGGGUAUAUUCCGUUUCAUUCUGUCCUGAGAUCUGCUGUGAGAACUUACAUGUUCCGUUAUUUGUGCGAAUAUGUUCUUAUUGUUAUUUUUAAGUUACUUUGUGCAUUGGAACGAGUGUAAAUGUUUUUAUUCACAGGCCUAAACGGAAUAUACGUAGUAAAGGUUGUCUGUGCACUCGCCGGGCAUCGAACGCGGGCGCGUGGUGCCGGCGCCCGGCUGCGCGUAGCACCAACAUUUAGAAUCGAACGCUAGAUCUAAUAACGGCUA